GGAUAUCCUUGACAUCCAUGCUGCUCAGAGCGGCAGCGCGGCGCUUUCUACGACUCGCUCUUUUACGUCGGGCAAGUGCAACACAACAUGAGCACAAGCUGAGAUCAGUGCAGACCAUAUAGUCUGUCACAUUUCCCCACUUGUGUCUCACAGUCUGUUCCAGCUGCAACAAUGGCCUUUGGGCCAGCUCCUAGUCCCACCGUGGUGGACCAGACCACGCUGAUGAAAAAGUACCUGCAGUUUGUGGUAGCGCUCACCGACGCAAACACACCUGAUGAGACCAAGCUCAAGAUGAUGCAAGAGGUCAGCGAGAAUUUUGAGAAUGUGACAUCCUCGCCUCAGUACUCCACAUUCUUGGAACACAUCAUCCCUCGCUUCCUCACCUUUCUCCAGGAUGGAGAGGUGCAGUUUCUACAAGAAAAGCCAACGCAGCAAUUAAGGAAGCUGGUGCUCGAAAUCAUCCACCGCAUUCCCACAAAUGAACACCUUCGAACGCACACCAAGAACAUCCUGUCUGUCAUGUUUCGCUUCUUGGAGAUUGAAAGUGAGGAAAAUGUGCUGAUAUGCCUUCGCAUUAUAAUUGAGCUGCACAAACAAUUCCGUCCUCCAAUCUCACAGGAGAUUCAUCACUUCCUAGACUUUGUGAAGCAGAUUUACAAAGACCUUCCGAAAGUCGUUGCCCGAUACUUUGAGAACCCUCAGGUAAUUGCUGAGAACACUGUGCCCUCCCCAGAAAUGGUUGGGAUGAUCACCUCCGUGUUGGUGAAGACUGCACCCGAAAGAGAAGACAGUGAAACACGAACGCACACCAUCAUCCCACGGGGGUCUUUGUCGCUCAAAGUGCUUGCAGAGCUGCCACUCAUCGUGGUGCUGAUGUAUCAGCUCUACAAGCUGAAUAUUCACAAUGUGGUGUCAGAGUUUGUGCCCCUCAUCAUGAGCACCAUCAUGCUGCAGGUGUCUCCACAAGCCAGGCAGCACAAGCUUUAUAACAAGGAGCUGUAUGCAGACUUCAUUGCCGCGCAGAUUAAGACACUCUCAUUCCUGGCCUACAUCAUUCGAAUCUACCAGGAGCUGGUCGGAAAGUAUUCCCAGCAGAUGGUGAAGGGCAUGCUCCAGCUGCUCACCAACUGCCCCUCGGAGACGGCUCACCUCCGCAAGGAGCUGCUCAUCGCCGCCAAACACAUUCUCACCACCGAGCUACGCAACCAGUUUAUACCCUGCAUGGAUAAACUUUUUGAUGAAUCUAUCCUCAUUGGCUCUGGAUACACUGCCCGGGAGACGCUUCGACCUCUGGCCUACAGCACACUCGCAGACCUCGUUCACCACGUUCGCCAGAACCUGCCCCUGACCGAUUUAUCACUAGCUGUACAACUGUUUGCCAAGAACAUCGACGACGAAUCACUUCCGAGCAAUAUUCAGACCAUGUCUUGCAAGCUAUUGCUCAACCUGGUGGACUGCAUUCGCUCUAAGUCAGAGCAGGAGAAUGGCAAUGGCCGGGACAUCCUCAUGAGGAUGCUGGAGGUGUUUGUGCUGAAAUUUCACACCAUAGCACGCUACCAGCUUGUCUCCAUCUUCAAGAAGUGCAAACCUCAGUCGGAAAUGGGCGUGGUGGAGCCAGGGGUCCUACCGGGUGUUCCCGCCACACCCACGCCUUCUAUUACGCCUGCCAUCCCGCCUCCGGCUCCUCCCACACCCGUCAGUAGUGCGCCUCAGCCUCCCGCGGCCGCCUUCGACCGACAGGGCGAGAAGGAGGACAAGCAGACGUUUCAAGUGUCGGAUUGCCGUAGUUUAGUGAAAACUCUGGUUUGUGGCGUGAAAACCAUCACGUGGGGCAUCACUUCCUGCAAGGCCCCUGGAGAGGCUCAGUUCAUACCAAACAAGCAGCUGCAGCCGAAGGAAACACAGAUCUACAUUAAGUUGGUCAAGUAUGCCAUGCAGGCUUUGGACAUCUAUCAGGUCCAGGUUGCCAAUAACCAGCAAGCAUACAUUCGAGUGGCCAACUGCCAAGCGGUACGAAUGAAGGAGGAGAAGGAAGUUCUGGAGCACUUUGCUGGGGUCUUCACCAUGAUGAACCCCCUUACUUUCAAGGAGAUUUUUCAAACUACUGUUCCGUACAUGGUGGAGCGGAUUUCCAAGAACUAUGCGCUCCAGAUCGUGGCAAACUCAUUCCUGGCCAACUUGUCAACGUCGGCUCUUUUUGCCACCAUCUUAGUGGAAUACCUUCUGGAAAGACUCCCAGAGAUGGGCUCAAAUGUGGAGCUCUCCAAUCUCUACCUCAAGCUCUUUAAACUGGUGUUUGGAUCAGUGUCGCUUUUUGCAGCUGAGAAUGAACAGAUGCUUAAACCACACCUCCACAAGAUAGUAAACAGCUCAAUGGAACUGGCCCAAUCAGCCAAGGAGCCUUACAAUUACUUCCUGUUCCUACGGGCACUCUUCCGCUCUAUUGGUGGAGGAAGUCACGACCUUCUCUACCAAGAGUUCCUGCCUCUCCUACCCAAUCUGCUACAAGGUCUGAAUAUGCUGCAAAGUGGCCUUCACAAGCAGCACAUGAAGGACCUCUUUGUGGAGUUGUGCCUGACAGUGCCGGUGCGUCUCAGCUCUUUGCUGCCGUACUUGCCCAUGCUCAUGGAUCCACUGGUGUCAGCCCUCAACGGCUCUCAGACACUCGUGAGCCAAGGCCUUCGCACCUUAGAGCUCUGUGUGGACAACCUGCAGCCGGACUUCCUCUAUGAUCACAUCCAACCUGUCAGGGCUGAGCUCAUGCAGGCUUUAUGGCGGACCCUUCGCAACCCGGCUGAGACCAUCUCCCACGUAGCCUACCGGGUGUUGGGAAAGUUUGGCGGCAGCAAUAGAAAGAUGCUGAAGGAGUCUCAGAGGCUGCACUAUGUGGUGACUGAGGUUCAAGGGCCCAGCAUCAAGGCUGAGUUCACUGACUGCAAAGCCUCGAUACAGCUCCCGAUGGAGAAGGCGAUCGAGACAGCCCUCGACUGUCUGAAGAGUGCCAACACAGAGCCGUACUACAGACGACAGGCGUGGGAGGUCAUUAAGUGUUUCCUGGUGGCCAUGACCAGUUUGGAUGAUAACAAACACGCUCUGUACCAGCUUCUUUCUCAUCCCAAUUUUACGGAGAAGUGGAUCCCCAAUGUUAUUAUCUCUCAUCGCUACAAGGCGCAGGACACGCCUGCCCGCCGGACUUUUGAGCAGGCCUUGACUGGAGCAUUCAUGUCUGCCGUGAUAAAGGACCUGCGGCCCAGUGCGCUACCUUUCGUAGCCAGCUUGAUUCGCCACUACACCAUGGUUGCCGUGGCUCAGCAGUGUGGUCCAUUCUUGCUGCCGUGCUACCAGCUUGGCAGUCAGCCAAGCACAGCCAUGUUCCACAGUGAAGAGAACGGGUCAAAGGGCAUGGAUCCACUUGUCCUGAUCGAUGCCAUAGCCAUCUGCAUGGCCUACGAAGAGAAGGAACUGUGUAAGAUCGGCGAGGUGGCCCUCGCCGUCAUUUUUGAUGUGGCCAGCAUCAUCCUGGGCUCCAAGGAGAGAGCGUGUCAGCUUCCCUUGUUCUCUUACAUUGUGGAGCGUCUGUGUGCCUGCUGCUAUGAGCAGGCAUGGUAUGCCAAGCUCGGUGGGGUGGUGUCCAUCAAGUUCCUGAUGGAAAGGUUGCCUCUCAUCUGGGUUCUCCAAAACCAGCUCACUUUUCUCAAGGCCCUGCUAUUUGUUAUGAUGGACCUCACAGGAGAGGUGUCAAAUGGAGCCGUCGCCAUGGCAAAGACAACCCUGGAGCAGUUGCUGGUACGCUGCGCCACUCCACUGAAGGAUGAAGAAAAAACAGAAGACCUCCUAACCGCCCAAGACAAAUCUUUCCACAUGGUAACACAUGACCUCGUUCGAGAGGUCACCUCCCCCAACUCCACUGUCAGAAAGCAGGCCAUGCAUUCCCUUCAAGUGCUGGCCCAGGUCACCGGCAAGAGUGUCACUGUCAUCAUGGAGCCACACAAAGAGGUUUUGCAAGAUAUGGUUCCCCCCAAGAAACAUCUUCUGCGCCACCAACCCGCAAAUGCCCAAAUUGGCCUGAUGGAAGGCAACACCUUCUGCACCACCCUGCAGCCCCGCCUCUUCACGAUGGACCUCAAUGUCAUGGAGCACAAGGUCUUUUAUACAGAGCUGCUGAACUUGUGCGAGGCGGAUGAUGCUGCGCUGAUGAAGCUGCCGUGUUACAAGAGCCUCCCUUCUCUGGUGCCCCUGCGCAUCGCCGCUCUCAAUGCAUUGGCUGCCUGCAACUACUUACCGCAAUCCAGGGAGAAGAUCAUCGCCGCCCUCUUCAAGGCACUCAACUCAACCAACAGUGAGCUUCAGGAAGCAGGAGAGGCAUGCAUGAGGAAGUUCCUGGAGGGCGCUACCAUUGAGGUGGACCAGAUCCACACUCACAUGCGGCCCCUGCUUAUGAUGCUGGGUGACUACCGCAGCCUUACGCUGAAUGUGGUCAACCGUCUGACCUCUGUCACGCGUCUCUUCCCUAACUCUUUCAAUGACAAGUUUUGUGAUCAAAUGAUGCAACACCUGCGGAAGUGGAUGGAGGUGGUGGUAAUAACACACAAGGGAGGCCAGCGCAGCGACGGCAGUCCGGCAUUGGAGGGCUUUGAGGAGAUGAAGAUCUGUUCUGCCAUCAUCAACCUUUUCCACCUGAUCCCCGCCGCACCUCAGACUCUCGUCAAACCUCUGCUGGAGGUGGUCAUGAAGACUGAGAGGGCCAUGCUCAUUGAAGCCGGCAGUCCAUUCAGGGAGCCUUUGAUCAAGUUCCUGACUCGCCACCCUUCUCAGACAGUGGAGCUGUUCAUGAUGGAGGCUACUCUUAAUGACCCUCAGUGGAGCCGCAUGUUCAUGAGUUUUUUGAAACACAAAGAUGCCAAGCCACUAAGAGACGUCCUGGCCUCCAAUCCCAACCGCUUUGUCACCUUGCUGGUUCCCGCUGGCACGGCUGCCACUGUCCGCCCUGGAUCUCCCUCCACGACCACAGCCAGAUUGGACCUCCAGUUUCAAGCUAUUAAGAUCAUCAGUAUCAUUGUGAAGAACGAUGAAGGCUGGCUCGCAGGGCAGCACUCGCUGGUGAAUCAGUUGAGGCGGGUGUGGGUCAGCGAGGCUUUUCAAGAGAGACAUCGUAAAGACAACAUGGCUGCCACCAACUGGAAGGAGCCGAAGCUGCUGGCUUACUGCCUUCUGAGCUACUGCAAGCGCAACUACUCCGAGAUAGAGUUGCUGUUCCAGUUGCUGCGGGCCUUCACGGGUCGCUUCUUGUGCAACAUGACCUUCCUGAAGGAGUACAUGGAGGAGGAAAUUCCCAGGAACUACUCCAUCGUCCAGAAGCGCGCCCUGUUUUUCCGCUUUGUCGAAUUCAAUGACCCGCACUUCAACGACGAGCUCAAAGCAAAGGUUCUGCAGCACAUCCUCAAUCCAGCCUUCCUAUACAGCUUUGAAAAGGGCGAAGGAGAGCAGCUCCUCGGCCCGCCCAAUCCCGAAGGGGACAAUCCGGAAAGCAUUACCAGCGUCUUCAUCACCAAGGUUCUAGAUCCAGAGAAGCAGGCUGAUCUGCUGGACUCUCUGCGAAUAUGCUUGCUGCAGUUCUCCACCCUGUUGGUGGAGCAUGCGCCCCACCACAUUCACGACAACAACAAAUCCCGCAACAGCAAGCUGCGGCGCCUGAUGACCUUCGCCUGGCCAUGCCUGUUGCCGAAAGCCUGCGUCGACCCUGCCUGUAAAUACAGCGGGCACCUGCUUUUGGCCCACAUCAUUGCAAAGUUUGCCAUCCACAAGAAGAUUGUUCUCCAGGUCUUCCACAGCCUUUUGAAGGCCCACACCAUGGAAGCCCGUGCCAUUGUCCGCCAGGCGAUGGCCAUCCUCACCCCAGCUGUGCCAGCCCGCAUGGAGGACGGCCACCAAAUGCUCACCCACUGGACGCGCAAAAUCAUCGUGGAGGAAGGCCACACCGUACCGCAGCUGGUCCACAUACUGCACCUGAUCGUGCAGCACUUCCGGGUGUACUACCCUGUGCGCCACCACCUGGUGCAGCACAUGAUCAGCGCAAUGCAGCGUCUGGGCUUCACCCCCACCGUGACCAUCGAGCAUCGGAAACUGGCUGUUGACCUGGCUGAGGUGGUCAUCAAGUGGGAGCUGCAAAGGAUCAAAGACCAAUUGCCCGAUUCCGACGCAGAAGGUGGGUCCAGUGGUGAAGGGACGAGCGGUGCCGUGAAAGGAGGACUCUCUGCAGAUGGCGGCACUCCCGGACAGGAUGCGAAAAGAUUCCGUAUAGCAUCAGGAACGGCCUCUACUGUGUUUGGUCGCAGUCAGUCCAUGCCCGGCACCGAAACGAUGCUCGCCAAACCUGUUGACAAACAACAUACAGAUACUGUCGUCAAUUUCCUCAUCCGGAUUGCAUGCCAGGUAAAUGACAGCACGAACGUGGCCGGCUCCCCCGGGGAGCUGCUCUCUCGCCGCUGCGUUAGUCUGAUGAAGACAGCCCUGAGACCUGACAUGUGGCCUCGCGCCGAGCUCAAGCUCCAGUGGUUUGACAGGCUGCUCAUGACUGUGGAGCAGCCAGCUCAGGCGAACUUCUCCAACAUCUGCACCGGAUUGGAGAUUCUCUGUUUCUUGCUGAGUGUGCUGCAAUCACCCGCUAUCCUGGCCCACUUCAAGCCCCUCCAGAGAGGCAUUGCCGCCUGUAUGACAUGCGGCAACACCAAAGUGCUGCGUGCUGUUCACUCUCUCCUCUCGCGCCUUAUGAGCAUCUUUCCCACCGAACCCAGCACAUCCAACGUGGCAUCCAAGUAUGAGGAGCUGGAGUGUUUGUAUGCAGCCGUAGGCAAGGUCAUCUACGAGGGACUUACCAACUAUGAAAAAGCCACGAGUAACACGAACCCUACACAGCUCUUCGGCACACUGAUGAUUCUCAAAUCAGCCUGCAGUUACAACGCGAGUUACAUCGAUCGCCUCAUCUCGGUGUUUAUGCGCUCGCUGCAGAAGAUGGUGCGCGAACACCUGAGCCCCCAGCAGGCCAACCCAACAGUCACGGAGACCAGCACCGUGACGAGCGAGCUGGUCAUGCUGAGCCUCGACCUGGUGAAGACGCGACUCUCCGUCAUGAGCAUGGAGAUGAGGAAGAACUUCAUUCAGGUUAUUCUGACCUCACUGAUCGAGAAGUCGCCCGACCCCAAAAUCCUCCGCGCUGUCGUAAAGAUUGUGGAAGAGUGGGUGAAAAAUAAUUCUCCCAUGGCCGCCAAUCAGAUGCCCAAUAUUCGUGAGAAGUCCAUCCUGUUGGUAAAGAUGAUGACCUACAUCGAGAAGCGUUUCCCCGAUGAACUGGAGUUAAACGCCCAGUUCCUGGACCUCGUUAAUUACGUCUACAGGGACGAAACUCUGUCAGGAAGUGACAUCACGUCAAAGUUGGAACCAGCUUUUCUCUCCGGACUUCGCUGCACUCAGCCGCUGAUCCGAGCAAAGUUCUUUGAGGUUUUUGACGCCUCCAUGAAACGGCGAGUCUAUGAGAGGCUCCUCUACAUCUGUUGUUCUCAGAACUGGGAGGCCAUGGGGAACCAUUUCUGGAUCAAGCAGUGUAUCGAGCUGCUGCUGGCGGUGUGUGAACGCAACACCAUCAUCGGCACCAGCUGCCAGGGAUCGAUGCUACCGUCUAUCACAAACGUCAUCAACCUGGCUGACAGCCACGAUCGUGCCGCGUUCGCCAUGGCGACGCAUGUCAAGCAGGAACCGCGCGAGAGGGAAACGAGUGAGACCAAGGAGGAGGAUGUCGAGAUCGACAUAGAAUUAGCCCCAGGUGACCAAACCGCUCUUCCGAAGACGAAGGACCAGGCUGAGAGAGAUGCGGGCAACCAACUGCACAUGCUUACGAAUCGCCACGACAAGUUCCUCGACUCUCUGCGAGAGGUCAAGACCGGAGCGCUGCUGAAUGCUCUUGUCCAGCUGUGUCACAUCGCCACCCCUCUGGCGGAGAGAUCCUGGGUGCAGCUCUUUCCUCGUCUUUGGAAGAUUCUCUCUGACAGGCAGCAGCAUGCAUUAUCUGGAGAAAUGAGUCCUUUCCUGUGCAGCGGCAGCCACCAAGCCCAGAGAGAUUGUCAGCCCAGCGCCUUGAACUGCUUCGUCGAAGCCAUGUCUCAGUGUGUGCCCCCCAUCCCCAUGCGUCCCUGCGUGCUCAAAUACUUGGGCAAGACGCACAAUCUGUGGCUACGAUCCACUCUUAUGCUGGAGCAGCAGGCCUUUGAAAAGGGCCUCAGUCUCCACUCGAAACCCAAGCAAAGUGCAGAGGUCUACGAGCAGGAGAGUAUCACACCACCUCAACAGGAGAUUUUGGACUCCCUAGCAGAGCUGUACUCGCUGCUCCAAGAGGAGGACAUGUGGGCGGGCUUGUGGCAGAAGCGAUGCAAGUUCCCCGAAACUGCCACGGCAAUCGCCUACGAGCAGCACGGCUUCUUUGAACAGGCCCAGGAAAGCUACGAGAAAGCGAUGGAGAAGGCUCGAAAAGAGCACGAGAGGAGCAAUGUGUCCCCGGCCAUAUUCCCGGAGUACCAGCUUUGGGAAGACCACUGGAUACGCUGUUCUAAGGAAUUGAACCAGUGGGAGCCCUUGACGGAAUACGGCCAAUCUAAAGCCCAUUCCAACCCUUAUUUAGUGCUGGAAUGUGCUUGGAGGGUUUCUAAUUGGGCUGCCAUGAAGGAGGCUCUGGUGCAGGUGGAGUUGAGUUGCCCCAAGGAGAUGGCCUGGAAGGUGAACAUGCACCGUGGUUACCUGGCCAUCUGCCACCCAGAGGAGCAGCAGCUCAACUUCAUCGAGAGACUGGUGGAGAUGGCGUCCAGCCUCGCCAUCCGGGAGUGGAGACGGUUGCCUCAUAUCGUUUCGCACGUGCACACGCCGCUGCUCCAGGCGGCACAGCAGAUCAUCGAAUUGCAAGAAGCGGCCCAAAUUAACGCGGGGCUGCAGCCGACAAACCUGGGCCGCAACACCAGCCUCCAUGACAUGAAGACGGUGGUGAAAACGUGGAGGAACCGACUUCCCAUUGUUUCCGAUGACCUGUCCCACUGGAGCAGCAUUUUCAUGUGGCGCCAGCAUCAUUACCAAGCCAUCGUGACAGCAUAUGAGACGAAUACACAGCAUGAUCCAAACAACAACAACGCCAUGUUGGGAGUUCACGCCUCAGCAUCUGCUAUCAUUCAGUACGGCAAGAUUGGGCGCAAACAGGGUUUAGUGAAUGUGGCUCUGGAUAUCCUCAGUCGUAUCCACACUAUCCCUACGGUGCCCAUUGUUGACUGCUUCCAGAAGAUCAGACAGCAGGUCAAAUGCUAUUUGCAGCUGGCUGGCGUCAUGGGCAAGAAUGAAUGCAUGCAGGGUUUAGAGGUGAUCGAGUCCACCAACCUGAAGUACUUCACCAAGGAAAUGACCGCCGAGUUCUACGCCCUGAAGGGCAUGUUCCUGGCUCAGAUCAACAAGUCAGAAGAGGCCAACAAGGCCUUUUCCGCCGCUGUCCAGAUGCACGAUGUCUUGGUGAAGGCCUGGGCCAUGUGGGGUGACUAUCUUGAGAACAUCUUUGUGAAGGAUCGUCAGCUCCACUUAGGAGUCUCGGCGAUUACCUGCUACCUGCACGCUUGUCGCCACCAAAACGAGAGCAAAUCUCGCAAGUACCUUGCAAAGGUCCUGUGGCUCCUCAGUUUUGAUGACAAGGACACCCUGGCAAAUGCAGUGGACAAGUACUGCAUCGGAGUCCCGCCCAUCCAGUGGCUGGCGUGGAUACCACAGCUGCUGACCUGCUUGGUUGGUUCCGAGGGCAAGCCUCUGCUCAAUUUAAUAAGCCAGGUGGGACGAGUUUACCCCCAGGCUGUCUACUUCCCCAUUCGUACCCUUUACUUGACACUCAAGAUUGAGCAAAGGGAGCGCUACAAGAGUGAUGCAUCAGGGCAACAGCAGCCCGCUUCAGUGGGGUCGCAGUCUCACUCAGGGGCCUCGGACCCAGGACCCAUCAGGGCCACUGCCCCAAUGUGGCGGUGCAGCCGAAUCAUGCACAUGCAGCGCGAGCUACACCCCACCCUCCUUUCCUCCCUGGAGGGAAUCGUGGACCAGAUGGUGUGGUUCAGGGAGAACUGGCAUGAAGAGGUUUUGAGGCAGCUCCAACAGGGCCUGGCUAAGUGCUACUCUGUGGCCUUUGAGAAAAGUGGCGCAGUGUCUGAUGCCAAGAUCACACCACACACGCUCAACUUUGUCAAGAAGCUGGUCAGCACCUUUGGCGUGGGCUUGGAGAACGUUUCCAACGUGUCCACAAUGUUCUCCAGUGCUGCCUCGGAAUCGCUGGCUCGUCGGGCCCAGGCCACGGCCCAGGAUCCGGUCUUCCAGAAGAUGAAGGGCCAGUUCACGACAGACUUUGACUUUAGCGUGCCGGGCUCCAUGAAACUCCACAAUCUGAUCUCCAAGCUCAAGAAGUGGAUCAAGAUCCUGGAGGCCAAGACCAAGCAGCUGCCCAAGUUCUUUCUCAUCGAGGAGAAGUGCCGCUUCCUCAGCAAUUUCUCCGCUCAGACCGCCGAGGUGGAGAUCCCUGGCGAGUUUCUCAUGCCCAAACCGACACACUACUACAUCAAGAUUGCCAGGUUCAUGCCUAGAGUGGAGAUCGUUCAGAAGCACAAUACCGCAGCAAGACGCCUCUACAUCCGCGGGCACAACGGCAAGAUCUACCCGUACUUGGUGAUGAACGACGCCUGCCUGACCGAGUCUCGACGCGAGGAGAGGGUUCUACAGCUCCUUCGACUCCUCAACCCUUGUCUGGAGAAGAGAAAGGAGACCACCAAAAGACACCUCUUCUUCACCGUGCCAAGAGUGGUGGCGGUGUCGCCUCAGAUGCGGCUAGUGGAGGACAACCCUUCAUCUCUGUCACUGGUAGAAAUCUACAAGCAGCGUUGUGCCAAGAAGGGUAUCGAGCAUGACAACCCCAUUUCCAGAUAUUACGAUCGUCUGGCCACCGUCCAAGCCAGAGGCACACAGGCCAGCCAUCAGGUCCUACGAGACAUCCUGAAGGAGGUCCAAGGCAACAUGGUGCCACGCAGCAUGCUGAAGGAGUGGGCCCUCCACACCUUUCCCAACGCCACCGACUACUGGACCUUCCGGAAAAUGUUCACCAUCCAGCUGGCUCUCAUCGGCCUGGCCGAGUUCAUGCUCCACCUGAAUCGGCUCAACCCAGAGAUGCUGCAGAUAGCGCAGGACACGGGCAAGCUCAACGUCUCUUACUUCCGCUUCGAUAUCAACGACGCCACGGGGGACCUGGACGCCAACCGGCCGGUUCCUUUCCGCCUGACGCCGAACAUCUCCGAGUUCCUGACCACUAUCGGCGUCUCUGGGCCGCUCACCGCCUCGAUGAUCGCCGUGGCACGGUGCUUUGCGCAGCCCAACUUUAAGGUGGACGGCAUCUUGAAGGCCGUCCUGCGCGACGAAAUCAUCGCUUGGCACAAGAAAACCCAGGAGGACACAUCGAUGCCUCUGUCCCCGGCCGGCCAGCCGGAGAACAUGGACUCCCAGCAGCUGGUGUCGCUGGUCCAGAAGGCCGUCACCGCCAUCAUGACCCGCCUGCACAACCUGGCUCAGUUCGAGGGAGGCGAGAGUAAAGUCAACACUUUGGUGGCCGCGGCGAACAGCCUGGACAAUUUGUGCCGCAUGGACCCCGCAUGGCAUCCUUGGCUCUAAAAAAAAAAAAAAAAAAA